CCAAAUUGCUAGACACCAAAUCUAAGCAGAAAAGCACAUGAUACCUAUCACAUCAGCUAGUCGCCGGCUUCAAGUUGCAGGCGUGUCAGCAAUCGCUAUAUCAACGACAUCGUAUUUCGCCGCCGGGAUGUCAAGCGUCAGCCAAUCUAGCAGCUCUGAGAAACCAUGGAGUGGCUCCGCUGUCCCAUAUCGACCUCAAUACCAAGAAUGGCCAUACGUUCAGGCAGAUUUCAAACGUAUGGAUGAGAGUCCCGACAACUCAUUCUAUAGCGAUAGUAGAUUCGUUACUCAUAUCGACGAUGCCGCUAUAGCAAGCCUGAGAAGAUACUAUGAUACCGUCUUGCCACGGAAAGGCCGAAUCUUGGACCUUUGCUCAUCUUGGAUCAGCCAUUAUCCCCAAGCCGUCGAAAAGGCAGCCGCACAAGGGGAGCUGAAAGUUGUUGGCAUGGGUAUGAACAACGCCGAACUCAAGAAGAACCAAGUGCUCUCCAAGAGAAUACUCCAAGACUUGAACGAAGAUCCGAACAUUCCGCUCACGGUGUGUGAUGAGCAUGCCGUAAGCGGAUUGCAAAGCGCAGACACUGCCGAUGGCGACAGCGGUCUACUAGACUGUACGACUUGCGUUGUGAGCCUGGAUUACCUGACUCGUCCAAAAGAAGUUCUCUCGAGCGUCAGGGAAUUGACAAAACCAGGAGGAAGUUGCCAGAUCAUUGUAUCUUCCAGGAUGUUCCCAACCAAAGCGACCAGCGCAUGGAUCAAGAGAACACCAGAACAGCGGUUGCAGAUGGUAGGGGAUUAUCUACACUUCGCUGGUUGGAAGGACAUCGAGAUUGUCGACAUCAAGGCAGGCGAUGUCGCAAAUGCUCCGCGACAGGAUGACGGGGGUCUGCAUGGAUUCAUGCAAAUGAUGGGAAUGAGUGGAAGCGAUCCGUUGUGGUGUGUGAGGGCCUUCAAGCGUGAAUAGACGUCGAACCAUGCUCUAUACAUUCAGACAGUACGAGUGAAUAUACCUGUCUUACAGAUCGAGCCCGUUGGUAGCCAUAUGGUCUAUAGUGCUCUAUCAUUUAGAAUAUCAGAUCAACUUUCGCGC